GAUAUGUAAUAAUGGGCGCCGGUAUGCCAGCGCGAUAUUUAUGUCCGUUUUUGCAUGUCCUUAUUGAUAAACAGCCAGCCAACGCCAUUGUUUAUAACUCUCGUCCAUUUUGAAAGUUGAAUAUACUCGGCUCACUAAUCGCUUGUUGUUCUAUCAUAUAUAUACCUGGGAAUGUUUUGUUGUCCCAUUUUGGCGAAGACCGUAUUGUUCCCUAAUCGCGAUCGGAAGCGCUAUCUGUCGCAGCUGCCGAUAAUCCACCCACUCCGACCAGCCAGUCGCCUACAGCAUUUGUUGGAGCGCCGCCCAUCUUGUUAUAUAAAAUCCACAGGCACAUGCCAGUUGUAAGUACUGGUUUCUCUAUCAGCUGUUGCAGCGUGUUGGCAAGCGUUUACGCUCCGGAAGCAAGUUUAAUUUGAUUGGAAAUCCUUAUACUACCCGUUAAGGUUUUCCUGUGCGCCUUUUGCCUUUUUCUCCGCACAUAUUCGCUAAGGGUUAUGACAUCCCGUUUGCCAUUUCGAGUUAUGAAUAAAGCCUACUACGAUUUCGUCGUCAAUCGCUAUCCAUUUAUUUCACUACGGCCAUUUAGUCUGAUUAUAAAAUGAACACUGCAUGCCGCAGUCUGCUGAGCACCGUCGGUCGACGAGCGUUAUUGAACGCCACACGAGUCCAGCAUGUCCACAAGGCGGCCGCGGCAUCAUCGCCGGCCGAGCCAUUGGUUCAAGGAGAACCGAAUGGACCCAGCAUGAAAACCGUCAUUCCGGGACCGAAAUCCAUCGCGCUGAGGGAAGAACUGGCGCAUAUACAGAACUCGGAUGCGGUUUUCUUUUUCGCUGACUAUGAGAAAAGUAUCGGCAAUUACCUCGCGGACAUCGAUGGAAAUGUCAUGCUGGAUACAUACAUGCAGAUCUCAUCGAUUCCUCUCGGAUACAACCAUCCCGACCUCAUGAAGCUGACGCAGAGUCGUGAAUACCAGGCUCUAUCCGUCAAUCGGCCGGCACUGGGGAACAUGCCGGAUCGGAAUUUCGUGCAGCGUCUACACGGCGCCCUCAUGUCGAUUGCGCCCAAGGGCCAUAAGCAUGUGCAGACGAUGUCGUGCGGAUCGUGCUCCAACGAGAACGCCUAUAAGGUCAUCUUCAUCUGGUAUAAUCAAAAACUCCGGGGUGGUAAACCGUAUACGGAUGAGGAUCUGCAGCAGUGUCUGGUUAACCAGGGACCGGCUUGCCCGGAUCUGUCCUUGUUGUCGUUCAAAGGAGCAUUCCAUGGACGUACAUUAGGUUGUUUGGCGACCACCCACACCAAACACGUGCACAAGCGCGAUGUUCCAUCACGAGAUUGGCCGGUGGCAUCAUUCCCGAAAUAUAAAUACCCACUGGAGCAGAAUGUAGACUACAAUGCCAAAGAAGAUCUCCGCUGUCUGCAGGAAGUCGAAGAGCUGUUCAAAGCCUACAAAAACAAAGGUCGUCCAGUUGCCGGUGUUGUCGUGGAGCCCAUUCAAGCGGAAGGUGGUGACGUGCAUGGAUCGCCUAACUUCUUCCGGGAGCUACAGAGAAUUACCAAGAAGAAUGGAGCGGCACUGUUAAUCGAUGAAGUGCAGACUGGCGGUGGAUCAACGGGAACGCUGUGGGCGCAUGAGCAGUUCGGUCUUGAAUCCCCACCGGAUAUUGUUACCUUCAGCAAGAAGAUGACGACGGGAGGAUAUUAUUAUACUGAUGAAAUGCAUAUGAGUGAGGCUUAUCGAAUUUUCAACACAUGGCUGGGUGAUCCAACAAAGAUCAUGCUUCUGGAAGAAUUCGUGAAGGUUAUGCAAAGAGAUAAUUUGCUGGAUGUUGUUAGACGUACAUCAUCGACCUUGGAAGCUGGUCUGGGUGAUAUUCAGCACCAGUUUCCGAAAUUGGUUGCCAAUUCCCGUGGUCGUGGAACAUUCCGAGCUUUCGAUCUUCCUUCCAUGGAGGCCCGUGAUAAAUUUGUCAAUGAAAUGAGAAAUGCCGGCGUACAAAUCGGUGGAUCCGGACCAAACAGCGUUCGUCUUCGCCCCGCACUGAUCUUCCAGCCUCGCCAUGCUGAGUUGUUCCUGGACAUUAUGUCCCAAGUUCUGCGUUCUAAAUUUUGAAGUUUAUUUUUCUAACCUUUAUUUUAUGAUUGUUAAUUGUCGUUAAUUUUAGUUGCGUCAGAUUUCAUUUUUCUACCAUAAACCAUUAGUGUUCGAUUUCGAGGCGGCAAUGACCAUGUGUUUCAAGUAAUUAGAAUUGUUCUUAUGGUUCGAUCAAUAAAAGCUGUUGAUUUG